UAUACCAUGAGGUCAGCCCUCUGUUGGCUCUUCCCACUCCUCCUCUUGGCCUCCAUGGUUCAUGGCCAGUCAACAAGACGACCAAAACCAAAGCCCAAGCCCAGACCCAGACCCAGGCCGACCCCCAGCUUCCCUCAACACCCUGAGCCCCCAGAGCCUACAGAGCUGCCCCCUCCCCUGCCACCGGGUCCCCCCUCGUUCUUUCCUGACUGUCCACGAGAAUGCUACUGCCCCUAUGACUUCCCGACUGCCCUCUACUGUGACAGCCGCAACCUCCGGAAGGUUCCCAUCAUCCCGGCCCGCAUCCAUUACCUCUACCUGCAGAACAACUUCAUCUCUGAGCUAACCCUGGAGUCCUUCAAGAAUGCCUCAGACCUGAGGUGGAUCAACCUGGACAACAACCGUAUUCGCAAGGUGGAGCAGAAGGUGCUGGAGCAGCUGCCGCAGCUGGUGUUCCUCUACAUGGAGCGAAAUCAGCUGGAGGAAGUGCCCUCGGCGCUGCCCCGCAACCUGGAGCAGCUGAGGUUGAGCCAGAACCGAAUUUCCAAGAUCCCGCCUGGUGUCUUCAGCAAGUUAGGGAAGCUUCUUCUCUUGGACCUGCAGAACAACCAGCUCGGGGACCACACGUUCAGGCCUGACACCUUCCAGGGCCUCAAGAGCCUCAUGCAGCUCAACCUGGCCCACAACACCCUGAAGAAGAUGCCGCCCAAGGUGCCCCAAGCCAUUCACCAGCUGUACCUGGACAGCAACAGGAUCGACACCAUCCCCAGUGACUACUUCAAGAACUUCCCCAAUCUGGCCUUCAUUCGCCUCAACUACAAUAAGCUGUCGGACAAGGGGCUGCCCAAAAAUGCCUUCAACAUCUCCAACCUGCUGGUGCUCCACUUGUCUCAUAACCGCAUCAGCAGUGUGCCCGCCAUCAACAACAAGCUGGAGCACCUAUACCUCAACCACAACAGCAUCGAGAAGAUCAACGGAACUCAGAUCUGCCCCAAUAAUAUCUUCGCCUUUCAUGACUUCUCUGAUGACAACCUGGAGAAGAUGCCACAUCUCCGCUACUUGCGGCUGGAUGGGAACUACCUGAAGCCGCCCAUCCCACUGGAUCUCAUGAUGUGCUUCCGCCUGCUGCAGUCUGUGGUCAUCUAAGGCCUCCUGCUGUCCCCCUGACCACACUUGAAGGCAGGUGGCCCAGACACUGGCCCAUCACUGCUGUCUUCUCUCUCUCUCUCUCUCUCUUUCUCUCUCU